CUCGAGUUCUCACUGCUAGUAAAAAUGAGGAAUCUUUGUCAUUAACAGGGACAUUUAUUUGCUCGAGUAACUGGAUAUUCACAGGUACAUUUGAGUUGAAUCUGUAAAAGACAAAUAUGUCGCUUUUAGUGUCGUGGUUAAUCAGCGCGGAAUCUUAGUCAGGUGUUGUACAACAUACUUGUUGAUGUAAAUACCUGUAAAAUAACAAGAUAGGCUAUCGAGCAAAUCAGUCGUGGUUAUAUCCUAUAUGACUAAUACUAUUUAUUUAGUUAAAGUUAGAUUUUCAUUUGGAAAUGGAUAGCACCCGACUGCGACGAGGGAAGGGCAGCCUGAUGCAUUCAUCUUCUCACGCCCGCUGCCAUAUGCCUUUACUAAGGAUGGACAAUUAUCGAUCACCUUAUGUCACACACGGACAGUAGACCAGAGGAUCAAUAUGGACUAUCAACAUGUCAGUUAUUUAUGCCGGCUAACCAUAGCAUCUACAUUAUAAAGGGUGUGUUGACAUAUACUUAAAUACCCAACGAUUGAGUUGUGUUUUGGUCUGGAACCGACCACGUUAACAAGUGGAUUACUGUCACAGAGGCGGCCAUAUGAACGGGAUUUGAGUGAGCACGGGUGUGCCAGCUCAGGCUGCAGCCUGUGCGUGUGUGAGCGCGCCCUGCUGAGUGGAGGUAGAGUGCCACCCUCACCAUGAACAACAAGGAGAGCACCACCGAGUCUGAGAUGAAGGUGUUUCUGCCCAACAAGUUGCUUGAGUGUUUACCCCGCACAACCAGCCUGCCCAAAGAACGACUGCGCUGGAACACAAACGAGGAAAUUGCAUCGUAUCUGAUAUCCUUUGACAGACAUGAAGAAUGGCUUUCUUGUACGCUGAAGACAAGGCCACAGAAUGGCUCCAUCAUUUUGUACAACCGGAAGAAGGUGAAGUACCGGAAAGAUGGGUACUGCUGGAAGAAGAGGAAGGAUGGGAAGACAACACGAGAGGAUCACAUGAAGCUGAAGGUGCAGGGCAUAGAGUGUCUGUAUGGUUGUUAUGUCCAUUCCUCCGUCGUCCCAACAUUCCAUAGGAGGUGCUAUUGGCUGCUGCAGAACCCAGAUAUCGUGCUUGUGCAUUACCUGAAUGUUCCGUCCCUGGAGGAUUGUGGGAAGGCGUGCCGACCGUUGCUAUGCGCAGUUGCCGACCGGCGUGAUAAUCUGCGCUGGAGCCGUGACGAGCUGCUGUCCCAACUCAGGCCCAUGUUCCACAGCAUCAAGUGGUCGUGUGGCAGUGGUGCCAAUGGCACGGGCACGGGGGCAGAGUUGAGCAUCGAGCAGCUGGUGCAGCAGAUUCUGGACUCCCAGCAGACCAAACCCCAGCCCCGCACACACACCUGCCUGUGCAGCCCCGCACUGGCCUCUGUGGGAGGUAACAUUCCUCACCGCUGCAACAGCACGAAGCACCGCAUCAUUUCCCCCAAGCUCCCGGCGCGCCCCUCCCCUUACCCCGCCCUCACAGAGGUGCAGAACCUGGCCGGUGAGAACACAGGGGGCGUGGCCGGCCGUGAAACAGGGUUGGGGGGCGAAGCCUCCGUGACCUCGGAGAGAAAGCCGACACCCGGCAGACCAGGGGGCGUGGCCAGCCCGGCUGGAACCCAGGACAACAGGGCGGUGGCCUCCCCGAGCUCCGCCUCUUCUUCUUCUUCUUCUUCCUCGAGCCCGCCCCAGACGCACCGCGCCACGACUACAGUCGCCCUCAGCAAUGCCAACAGUUUCUACGGUGAGCAGCGGGCACGGGGCCUGGCGACUGUUGCGCUCCCACAGAAUGCAAUGAUCGUCAUGACGACAGCACCCCUCCCCGGGAAAAGUGGAGGCAGCGGCGGCAACGGAGCGGAGGAGCCUCAGGGUGAAUGUGUGACAUCACACCUGUCGCUCACAUCUACCGGCCGCCUGGUGCUCUCACCUGUCCCCCCCAAACCAGACACACCCUCCCCGCCGACCGUUGCCGCUGGCAACCCGGCCAGUCCUGUGCCACCCGCGACUGCCCCAGCCCCGCACACCGUUGCCUCGACGCCUGGGGUCGCCACCCUCUCUCUGACGCUUCUCCCUAGCCCUGUGAUUGGAGGGCUCUUGCUGACGGACCGCCUCAUGCCUGACGCCCCCGCACCUCUCCUCCAACCUCCACCUCCCUCUUCCUCCUCCUCCUCCUCUUCUUCCUCAUCCUCAUCCCCCUCACCCUCUCUCCUCCCUCCUCCCUCCCCUCCUGCUCUCGUCUGCUCUCCUCCCGCCGUCCCACUCAGCUUCGACCCUGACUCCUUCCUCAACAGCCCCAAGCAGGGGCAAACUUACGGGGGACCUGCCCCCACCUCCGCCUCCUCCCCCUCCCCCUCCACCUCUCCUCAGCCCCCAUCCCUCGCUCUCUCACUCUCUCCCUCCUCCCCACCCUCCUCUCUAUCAUCCCUCUCUUCGGAUACCGAAAGGAAGAGCGGGGACAGGGAAGCACACCCCCUCGUUACCUCAUCAGUGUCCUCUUCAUCCUCCUCUUCGUCCUCUUCUCUUUCUCCUCCUCUGUCUCUCACGCUCUCUCCAUCCCGCUCAGCCCCUUCACUCCUGCCGCUGUCACUCGAAGCUUCACUCGGUUUGGAUUCGCUGACGCGGCCCUUAAGCCCCGCCCCAGACUCCCAGCAGCCUCCGCCUAAACUCAGCUUGAUUCGCCGGAGCUCUUCUCCUGAGCCUCUCGAGCUGUCGCCACGACAACCGUCCUCCGGAGACAGCCAGAUGCUGCUGAUUGGACAGGAGCUCCAUUGCUCCACCAAUCAGUUGACACCUCACCAGAAGCCCAAUGCCCAGCUUGUGCCCAAUCAUCAAAAGCCUAACCAGCUGUCAGCCAACCAGAUUUCAGCUCUCCAACAAUCAAACCACCAACUCAGCCAUCUAUCCACCAAUCAGCUCCAAAGCACCCAGCUGUCAACCAAUCAGCUUUCACCUAAGCAGACACUGACCAAUCAGGUGCAGGCAGAGCGGGAAAGACAGGCUCAGGCACAGCUGCUGUUGCUGCAGCAACAGGAGCACAGCCAGCAUCCCAUCCUCCUAACAACACAAGCGACACACGCUCUCACACACGCUCUCACACACACUCUCACACACACCUUCACCCACUCCUUCACACCCUCUCUCCCUCAGCCCUCCGUAGUUUGCCAGGACGCGCACCGGGCGCCCCUCUCUAUGCCCGCCACCCACACACACAUUCACACCCUCUCGCCGGUGGUGUUCCCGCCACAGCCGUCGGCGGUGACUGGGCGCGGCAACGCCGACCUGAGUGUGCGCGUGAAAGAAGAGCAGUCGUCGCCCCUGUCCCGCCCCCUGGGCGGCGGCGGCGGCGACUUCGAGAGCGAGGAGACGCCCAUGGACACCCACGUGGCCCCCUCCUCUCCCCCCACCGAGCACAUACACCCCCAUGCGCACCCGCAGGCGGUGGAGGCCGAGCUCUCCUUCGACAGCGCUUUCCCCGACCUCUCGGAGCUGAUCACCGCGGAGACGGCCAGCGGCUGCGGUGUCGGAGUUUCCGUGGCGACGUUGGUGUCGGGUGUUGCGGGGGCCGCCGGACUGGAGGUGUUCCCGGAGCGCUACGUGGUCCCCCCGCAGCCGUCGCCAUCCUCGGCCUUCAUCCCCUUCCCCGCUCACGCCGCCACGGUCGGCCCCGGGGGAGAGCACGGCCGCCCAGCCAACAUCACCGACUUCAGCCCCGAAUGGUCCUACCCAGAGGGUGGUGUGAAGGUGCUGAUUACAGGCCCAUGGACUGAAGGCCGCGGCCGCUACCUGUGUGUGUUUGACCAGACCACCGUACCUGCCUCACUGAUCCAGCCUGGGGUGCUGCGCUGCUACUGCCCAGCCCAUGAGGCUGGGCUGGUGGCCCUGCACGUGCUGGAAGACUCCGGGGCCGUCUCCUCUUCUGUGCUGUUUGAGUACCGCGCCAGAAACGCAUCAUCACUGCCCAGCUCUCAACUUGACUGGCUCUCCCUGGACGAUAAUCAGUUCCGUAUGUCCAUCCUGGAGCGCCUUGAGCAGAUGGAGAGGAGGAUGGCAGAGAUGUCGACUAGCCAGCAGCAGCAGAACCUCCAACAUCUAUCCCAUCAGCCCUUGCAGCAGAGCGCUCCACCUCCUGCCCCGACCACAUCUGAGGAGGACACACAGUCGGGCCCGUGGUUCGAGCGGCGUAUCGUGGGGGUGUGUGAGCGUAUGAUGGCAGGAGGGACGUGGGGAGGCGGAACGGGAGGUGGCGAGCGCCUCGUUCACUCUGUUCGCCACCGUGGCAUGACACUCCUGCACCUGGCCGCGGCACAGGGAUACACACAGCUGAUACGCACACUCAUCCAGUGGAGGAGUGUGAACUCCGACAGUCUGGAUCUAGAACAGGAAGUAGACCCGCUGAAUGUCGACCACUUCUCCUGCACACCCCUGAUGUGGGCGUGUGCUCUGGGCCACCAGGCGGCGGCGGUGUUGCUCUACCGCUGGAGCUCGGUGGCGCUGGGCAUCCCAGACUCUCUGGGCCGCCUGCCGCUGGCCGUGGCGCGCUCCCGCGGGCACACGCGUCUCGCCCGCUGCCUGGAAGAGCUGCAUGCGCACACGCAGCGGGCACAGGCCGACGGCAACGGCACAGCCGCACCGUCGGCCGGGGCAACGGAACCUGUUCCGCAGGUGUCGGAGGGUCAGCUGCAUCUGCCUGAGCACGCCAUGUGUGCACGCACGCACGAGGUGCCCGUCACGCCGCCGCAGCUGCCGCCAUCGCCGCUGUCCACCAGCCCAGAUACAGGUCUUAGCUCAUCCAGUAGCAUCCCAUCACCCAGCGACCCACCAUCCCCUUCCCCUAGUUCCGCAUACUCCAGCGGUUCCGUUCCCUUGGGUUCCCCCCCAGAGAGUCCUCCGGACCCCAUGGACACGUCGGCCCCCUCCUCUCCCUCCUCCUCCUCUCUCCCCUUCUCCCCCUCUCCCUCCCUGCAGCUGGGCUGGGCUCAGGCCUACGGUGGUGAAGCCAGGGGCUCGAGUGGUGCCCCGGGCCCCAGGAGCAACAGCUUCUUCCUCAUGGACUACGAGUCGGCCUGCCCGCCCUCCCCGCCCCCGGAGCCCCACUCCCCGCCGCCCCACGUGCGGGCACACACACACUCACACUCGCCCUACGCGCCGCACACACACGCACACUCGCCCUACGGACCGCAUACACACUCCCACUCACCCUACUCGCCACACACACACUCAGAGUUCGAGGCGGAGCUGCUGAAUUACAGUGAGAAUGUGGAAAACGAGGAGUUUCUGCCGGCUGAGGUGCUUCAGGUUGACAUGGCAACACUGGCGGAGCAGAUCAUCGAGGCCACGCCCGACCGCAUCAAACAGGAAGAGUUUCCCCGAGGGGCAGAGUCUCCUCUCAGAGAGAGACAGGACAACUCGGCUGCCAUACACGAUACAAUGCCCUGGUUGGCUACUUACCUGGAUACCGUAGAUACACUUCCUGCUUUGUCCCCGCCCAGGUACUAUCGAAUGCGCAGACAGUGUGUGUCGCGCUCCCCCCAGACCCCGCCCUCUCCACUUAGUGCCCUGGCGCUGCAAAGGCUCCGCCCUCCCAGCAGUGCGGCGUGGGCGGAGUUUCUAAACGCUUCGGCCAAUGGGAGAAUGGAGCGCGACUUUGCUCUGUUAACCCUGACUGACAGCGAGCAGAGGGAGCUCUACGAGGCCGCCCGGAUCAUCCAGAAUGCCUUCCGCAGAUACAAGGGCCGGCGGUUAAAGGAACAGCAGGACAUGGCUGCAGCGGUCAUCCAGCGUUGCUACAGGAAAUACAAGCAGCUAACAUGGAUAGCACUGAAGUAUGCGCUGUAUAAGAAGAUGACGCAGGCGGCCAUCUUGAUCCAGAGUAAGUUCCGCAGCUACUACGAGCAGAAGAAGUUCCAGCAGAGUCGCCGCGCCGCUGUGCUCAUUCAGCAGUACUACCGCAGCUACAAGGAGUACGAGCGCCUCAAACAGGGGCCCCGGGGGGCUGGGCCCCUCAACCCAAAGAUGAAAGGCACAUUUCUGACUAAGAAGCAGGAUCAGGCAGCACGGAAGAUCAUGAGGUUCUUCAGACGCUGCAGGCACAGGAUUAAGGAAUUGAAGCAAAGCAAGGAGCUUGAGAGGAGGGGCCUUACAACCUAAGUCACACAUGGACACACCACACACACACACACACACACACACACACACACACAAACACAAACGCACGCACACACAUGCAAAUGCACCUUUACACACACUUACAAGUGUAUUUAACCAUUCACUUACAAUGUUGUUUACACCUAACACACUAACACGCAUAACACACAUUUAAAAAAUGUUUGCACAAACACAUAUAAUGCACUCCUCGAUACUUGUACACACACACACACACACACACACAC